UUACACUGUUCCUCUGGUGAGGCCCACUUGAGGUUUGGAUAAGUUCGAUGUUCGUGAUCGAAGCCUAACAUGAGGUGGCGCAUGAUGGACGGGAUGGAUCUCAUCCACGUCAGCGAAUAGUCACUACCCCCACAUGACUACGCGCCUACAACCGGUUGUAGGUGCCCCCAUUCCUCUCAUGCAUGCAAUGCUGGUGGAUGAAGCAGCCAUUUCAACCAUUUCCACUCUCCUUCGCCUGUCUUCCACACUCCAUCAUCUCAACCAAAUCCAUUCCCGCAUUCUCCUUCUCGGCCUUCAAAGCCACUACAUCAUCACCACCCAUCUCAUCUCUUCCUUCUUUCUCCGCUUCCUAGCCGUCGAUCAUGCCUUCUCCAUCUACGCCCAUUUCCCCUACCCCAUUCCCAUCCACUCCACUAACUCUAUCCUCCAAUCACUCGCUGACACGUCACCCCUCCAACCCCUUGCCUUCUUCCUUUAUCUCCUCCACAUGCGCAAGGUGGGAACCGUCGAUCCAACACAUACAACACGGCCCAAUCGUUUCACCUUCCCGCCAUUACUCAAAGCCUGCACAUUAGCCUUCCCUUCUUCGGUGGGGCCCACCCAAGGAAUCCACACUCAUGUUGUGAAAUUCGGGACCCACGCCGACGUCUACGUUGGGACCGCCUUGAUGGAUUCCUACUCGAAGCACGGCGACGCGGGAUCCGCACUCCGAGUGUUCGACGAAAUGUCUGUGAGAAAUGUCGUGUCUUGGAAUUCCAUCGUGUCUGGACUGGCCAAGUGUGGAGACUUGGUUUCUGCACGGAGACUGUUCGAGGAAAUGCCUGAGAGGAAUGUGGUUUCUUGGACGAGCUUGAUCUCGGGCUAUGCACAAAACGGGUACUUCUAUGAGACGCUAUCGAUGUUCGAGGACAUGCGCUCAGCAGGGGUGAAGCCCAAUGAUGUAACUAUGGUGAGUGUUCUAUCCGCUUGUGCGAAUUUGGGUGCUCUUGGUCUUGGUAGACGGAUACAUUCUUUCUUGGAAGACAAUGGUUUUGGCUUGAAUCUGUUUGUUGGUAGUGCUCUUAUAGACAUGUACUCUAAGUGUGGUAUGGUCGGAGAUGCCCUCCACAUUUUUCAUAGAAUGCGUGAGCGCAAUGUGGUUGCCUGCAGUGCCAUGAUCAUGGGAUUAGCCAUGAAUGGGAGGGCUACGGAGGCUCUGGCAAUCUUUGAAGAAAUGAGAAUGCGAGGUAUGGUACCCAAUGAUAUUACCUUCAUUGGUGUGUUGUGUGCUUGUUGUCAUGCUGGUUUGGUUGAGAAAGGAUAUCACUAUUUCCACCUUAUAAAUCGAGAAUACUCGUUACUUCCCAAGCUUCAACACUAUGCUUGUAUGGUCGAUCUUCUUGGACGAGCGGGCCAUCUUGGUGAUGCCUACCUUUUUAUUAUGGUGAUGCCCAUUGAGCCAGAUGUUGUUGUUUGGGGAGCUCUGCUCGGUGCGUGCAGGAUUCACCAUGAGUUUGAACUUGGUGAGCAUGCUGCUCAUCGGAUUCUAGAGUUGGAUCCACGACAUUGUGGGAGUCUGGUGUUUCUAUCCAAUGUGUAUGCUAGAGUUGGUGACAAGGAUGGCAUUAGAAACGUGAAACAGAUGAUGGGGAUUUCAAGGACGAAGAAAAUGCCUGCGAAAAGUUGGAUGGAAGUGAAUGAUGUUGUCCAUCAAUUCUUUGCAGGAGAUACAUCACAUCCCCAAAAUGAUAGGAUUUAUUCAAAGUUAGAUGAGCUUGCAAAGCAAUUAGAGCACGAGGGCUAUUUGCCUAACACUAAUUCUGUGGUUUUCAGUGUAGAGGAAGAAGAGAAGGAGCGAUCCAUGUAUUUUCAUAGCGAGAAAAUAGCAAUUGCCUUUGGGUUAAUCAGCACCCCAAAAGGAAGUUCCAUUAGAAUUGUGAAAAACCUUCGAGUUUGUGACGAUUGUCAUUCUGUUGUGAAGCUUAUCUCAAAGAUAGAGAAGAGAGAGAUAGUCUUAAGAGAUAGCAACCGUUUUCAUCAUUUUGUAGGAGGGAUGUGUUCUUGCCGAGACUAUUGGUAAUAUUAAAAGAAAUGCAAAUAAUGUUAUAUUCAUUUUUCACCCCCUAUAAAUGUGCCUCUUAGGCUAUGUAAGGAGUGUGACUUGGCUGUGACCCCGGAACCAGUGCUGUGGGUGGGACCCUGAUCAUAGGGCCUGCCUCGAUGCAUGCAUUGUAUGUUGAUGCCAUCAGUAUGUUUUGCUAGCUUAUUUUAGGGCAUGGUCCAAAAAAUGAAGCAGAUACAAAUUUUUGGUGGACCACACCAUAGGAAACAAUGUUCAUUGAACGCCCACCAUUAAAAACUUCCCAGGGUCCACCGUAAUGUUUAUUGACCAUCCAACCUGUUUAUAAGGUCGCAUAGAAAGGAAAAAAAACUAA